AUGGAGAUCUCGCAGCAACAAUCAAAGGGUGGAGUCGUUGUUGUUGUUGCAAGUCCUCCUUCUGUUGUUAGUGACGUUGUUGAUGAAGUUGACGUUGAAGUAGAUGUUGACGUUGAAGUAGACGUUGACGUCGAAGUAGAUGAUGACGUUGACGUCGAUGUUGACGUUGACGUCGAUGUUGAAGUAGAUGUUGACGUUGAAGUUGAAGUAGAUGUUGACGUUGACGUCGAAGUUGAAGUAGAUGUUGACGUCGAUGUUGACGUUGACGUUGAAGUAGAUGUUGACGUUGACGUCGAUGUUGAAGUAGAUGUUGACGUUGACGUCGAUGUUGAAGUAGAUGUUGAAGUCGAUGUUGAAGUAGAUGUUGACGUUGAAGUAGAUGAUGUGGUAGAAGUGGACGUUGUCAUUGAGGUUGUUGACGUAGUACUCGAUGUCUGUAAAUCAAGAAAUAAAAUGCAUCAUUGUGAUGUACAGAAACCAUCUGUAUCUGUUUUUACCUAA